GGGCUGCGCGGCCGGAGCUGGCACAGAGGAUCCUCGGCCGCGGCGACAUCACCGCCUGCGGACGCGGGCGCUGCUCUGGAUACAGCGCCACCGAGAGAACCCGCCGCCCGCGGGUCUCUGUCCUGCGGUCCGCGGUUGCCCCCACGAGCGUCCGGCGUUUCCUGAGGGCGGGCGUGUCCGGGCCGUGCGGGGCGCGGGGACCGAGCGCGGCUGAGGAGACCGAGCUGGGGCAGCGCCUGCCGGAGCGCGGGGGACGACUCGGGGGUCUUGCGGAGCCCCGCGGGAGCCUGGCCCGCCGUGCAGAGCAGUUUUCUGGAACUCUCCACCUCCGCCUCCCUUGGGGCCCAGUGCGGCGCUGAGCCCCCGUCGGGAUCUGCCUGAGAAAAGAGUGUCAUGAAAAAAGAGCAGAAGAGAGACCUCACUGUUGCUGAAAGGGGAAUUUUCUUUUCCCGUUGGCGGUUACUUCAUGAUUGGACGAGAAGUAUCUAGGUGACUGAAGAGAUUCCAUUUUUAUGGUUAUACACAUGAAGCUGAUAAAAGAAGAUGUGAACAUGAUUUCUCUUUGUCAUAAUAGGCUGAUGAGUAAGUAAGCCUGAAAAAUAUUUGAAAUGAAGGCAAGAAUUUUGAAUUUCUAAAAACCAACUAAGACUUUGAUCACUUGUUAAGGAUGUUUCUCUCUCAGAAAUGGAAGAAAAACGUAUUCACAAGACAAGAAGUAUAAAAAGUUGAGAGGAAUGACAACUGAGUCCACUCACUCGAAGAAUGUCAGUACUUCAUCAUCUUCUUUGGUCAAACAUACACAAAUGCAUCAUACAUGUGUGGUGAGCUUAUCACCAGUGAUGGUUUUCUGUGCUAGAAAUGACUCUUAAUUUGAAUUUUGGAGUGCUUUUUCUCUUUUUUUACAAUGUGUGUUCCAACUCUUUGUGUUAAAUAGAUUUAAGUAAAGGAGGUAAAUGCUAAAUUCAUAGUGUUUUUUAACUGUAUCACUUCCCUGUGUAUUAUGGAAAAAUUAGAGAUUUUAACGUUAUUCGAAGUUUUACUGGAAGCAAAAUGGUGCCAGGGACAGAGAUACACAAUUUAAGUUUUCUCUUUUUGGCAACUGCACUUGCUUAGGAUGUACUGAAUGUCAGCUGGAUUUCACAGCAUAUCAGAUUUACAGUCUUUGUCUUAUCAAGGCCUUUACUGUAUGUUUUAUACUAACCAGAUGGGAAACACAUUGAGCAUCAUAUCUGACAUGUAUGCCUAAGGGAGGAGCUCCCCCAUGGAUCAUGGCGUUAAUGUUUACAGGACAUUUACUAUUCUUAGCAUUAUUGAUGUUUGCUUUCUCUACUUUUGAGGAAUCUGUGAGCAAUUACUCUGAAUGGGCAGUUUUCACAGAUGAUAUAGAUCAGUUUAAAACACAGAAAGUGCAAGAUUUCAGACCCAACCAAAAGCUGAAGAAAAGUAUGCUUCAUCCAAGUUUAUAUUUUGAUGCUGGAGAAAUCCAAGCAAUGAGACAAAAGUCUCGUACAAGCCAUUUGCAUCUUUUUAGAGCUAUCAGAAGUGCAGUGACAGUUAUGCUGUCCAACCCAACAUACUACCUACCUCCACCAAAGCAUGCUGAUUUUGCUGCCAAGUGGAAUGAAAUUUAUGGUAACAAUCUGCCUCCUUUAGCAUUGUACUGUUUGUUAUGCCCAGAAGACAAAGUUGCCUUUGAAUUUGUCUUGGAAUAUAUGGACAGGAUGGUUGGCUACAAAGACUGGCUAGUAGAGAAUGCACCAGGAGAUGAGGUUCCAAUUGGCCAUUCCUUAACAGGUUUUGCCACUGCCUUUGAUUUUUUAUAUACCUUAUUAGAUAAUCAUCGAAGACAAAAAUACCUGGAAAAAAUAUGGGUUAUUACUGAGGAAAUGUACGAGUAUUCCAAGGUCCGCUCGUGGGGCAAACAGCUUCUCCAUAACCACCAAGCCACUAAUAUGAUAGCAUUACUCACAGGGGCCUUGGUGACUGGAGUAGAUAAAGGAUCUAAAGCAAAUAUAUGGAAACAGGCUGUAGUGGAUGUCAUGGAAAAGACAAUGUUUCUAUUGAAUCAUAUUGUUGAUGGUUCUUUGGAUGAAGGUGUGGCCUAUGGAAGCUACACAGCUAAAUCCAUCACACAGUAUGUUUUUCUGGCCCAGCGCCAUUUUAAUAUCAACAACUUGGAUAAUAACUGGUUAAAGAUGCACUUUUGGUUCUAUUAUGCCACCCUUUUACCUGGCUUCCAAAGAACUGUGGGUAUAGCAGAUUCCAAUUAUAAUUGGUUUUAUGGUCCAGAGAGCCAGCUAGUUUUCUUGGAUAAGUUCAUCUUAAAGAAUGGAGCUGGAAAUUGGUUAGCUCAGCAAAUUAGAAAGCACCGACCUAAAGAUGGACCGAUGGUUCCUUCAACGGCCCAAAGGUGGAGUACUCUUCACACGGAAUACAUCUGGUAUGAUCCCCAGCUCACACCACAGCCGCCUGCUGAUUAUGGUACUGCAAAAAUACACACAUUCCCUAACUGGGGUGUGGUUACUUAUGGGGCUGGGUUGCCAAACACACAGACCAAUACCUUUGUGUCUUUUAAAUCUGGGAAGCUGGGGGGACGAGCUGUGUAUGACAUAGUUCAUUUUCAGCCAUAUUCCUGGAUUGAUGGGUGGAGAAGUUUUAACCCAGGACAUGAGCAUCCAGAUCAGAACUCAUUUACUUUUGCCCCCAAUGGACAAGUAUUUGUUUCUGAAGCUCUCUAUGGACCCAAGUUGAGCCACCUUAACAAUGUAUUGGUGUUUGCUCCAUCACCCUCAAGCCAGUGUAAUAAGCCCUGGGAAGGUCAACUGGGAGAAUGUGCGCAGUGGCUUAAGUGGACUGGCGAGGAGGUUGGUGAUGCAGCUGGGGAAAUAAUCACUGCCUCUCAACAUGGGGAAAUGAUAUUUGUGAGUGGGGAAGCCGUGUCUGCUUAUUCUUCAGCGAUGAGACUGAAAAGUGUAUAUCGUGCUUUGCUUCUCUUAAAUUCCCAAACUCUGCUAGUUGUUGAUCAUAUUGAGAGGCAAGAAGAUUCCCCAAUAAAUUCUGUCAGUGCCUUCUUUCAUAAUUUGGAUAUUGAUUUUAAAUAUAUCCCAUAUAAGUUUAUGAAUAGGUAUAAUGGUGCCAUGAUGGAUGUGUGGGAUGCACAUUACAAAAUGUUUUGGUUUGAUCAUCAUGGCAAUAGUCCCAUGGCCAGUAUACAGGAAGCAGAGCAAGCUGCUGAAUUUAAAAAACGAUGGACUCAAUUUGUUAAUGUUACUUUUCAGAUGGAAUCCACAAUCACAAGAAUUGCAUAUGUCUUUUAUGGGCCGUAUAUCAAUGUCUCCAGCUGCAGAUUUAUUGAUAGUUCCAAUUCUGGACUUCAGAUUUCUCUCAAUGUCAAUAAUACUGAACAUGUUGUUUCUAUUGUAACUGAUUACCAUAACCUGAAGACAAGAUUCAAUUAUCUGGGAUUCGGUGGCUUUGCCAGUGUGGCUGAUCAAGGCCAAAUAACCCGAUUUGGUUUGGGCACUCAAGCAAUAGUAAAGCCUGUAAGACAUGAUAGGAUUAUUUUCCCCUUUGGAUUUAAAUUUAAUAUAGCAGUUGGAUUAAUUUUGUGCAUUAGCUUGGUGAUUUUAACUUUCCAAUGGCAUUUUUACUUUUCUUUUAGAAAACUAAUGCGAUGGAUAUUAAUACUUGUUAUUGCCUUGUGGUUUAUUGAGCUUUUGGAUGUGUGGAGCACUUGUAGUCAGCCCAUUUGUGCAAAAUGGACAAGGACAGAGGCUGAGGGAAGCAAGAAGUCUUUGUCUUCUGAAGGGCACCACAUGGAUCUUCCUGAUGUUGUCAUUACCUCACUUCCCGGUUCAGGAGCCGAAAUUCUCAAACAACUUUUUUUCAACAGUAGUGAUUUUCUCUACAUCAGGGUUCCUACGGCCUACAUUGAUAUUCCUGAAACUGAGUUGGAAAUCGACUCAUUUGUAGAUGCUUGUGAAUGGAAGGUGUCAGAUAUCCGCAGUGGGCAUUUUCGUUUACUCCGAGGCUGGUUGCAGUCUUUAGUCCAGGACACAAAAUUACAUUUGCAAAACAUCCAUCUGCAUGAUCCCAAUAGGGGUAAACUGGCCCAAUAUUUUGCAAUGAAUAAGGACAAAAAAAGAAAAUUUAAAAGGAGAGAGUCUUUCCCAGAACAAAGAAGUCAAAUGAAAGGCGCCUUUGAUAGAGAUGCUGAAUAUAUUAGGGCUUUGAGGAGACACCUGGUUUACUACCCAAGUGCACGUCCUGUGCUCAGUUUAAGCAGUGGAAGCUGGACAUUAAAGCUUCAUUUUUUUCAGGAAGUUUUAGGAGCUUCGAUGAGGGCAUUGUACAUAGUAAGAGACCCUCGGGCAUGGAUUUAUUCAAUGUUGUACAAUAGUAAACCAAGUCUUUAUUCUUUGAAGAAUGUACCAGAGCAUUUAGCAAAAUUGUUUAAAAUAGAGGGAGGUAAAGGCAAAUGUAACUUAAAUUCGGGUUAUGCUUUGGAGUAUGAACCAUUGAGGAAAGAAUUAUCAAAAUCCAAAUCAAAUGCAGUGUCCCUCUUGUCUCACUUGUGGCUAGCAAAUACAGCAGCAGCCUUGAGAAUAAAUACAGAUUUGCUGCCUACUAGCUACCAGCUGGUCAAGUUUGAAGAUAUUGUGCAUUUUCCUCAGAAAACUACUGAAAGGAUUUUUGCCUUUCUUGGAAUUCCUAUGUCUCCUGCUAGUUUAAACCAAAUAUUGUUUGCCACCUCUACAAACCUUUUUUACCUUCCCUAUGAAGGGGAAAUAUCACCAACUAAUACUAAUGUUUGGAAACAGAACUUGCCUAGAGAUGAAAUUAAACUAAUUGAAAACAUCUGCUGGACUCUGAUGGAUCGCCUAGGAUAUCCAAAGUUUAUGGACUAAAUGCUGCAGGUCAGCAGAAAUUUGCACUAAUAAUACUUCCCAACCCACUUUGUGGAUAUGAAUCAGAAGAGUUUGUUUAUUCUUUGUGUGUGUGUGUGUGUGUGCGUGCGCGCACCUGUGUAUGUGUGUUCAGUGUUAUUUGCACAGAGAGAUUGUUUUAAAAAAUGGCACCAUAUUUGGCCUAGCAGGAUUUAUUUUUAUGUCAUCACCUCCCUUGCCUUUGUUUCUGAAAAUUUUGACUGCUAAAAAGAUUCUGCUACAGAGUGGUAGAUGAAGUUAUAUCAUGGGAUCAGGGGAGAUGGGAAAAUUUUAAAAGUUUUUGUCUAACUCCCCUUCAUCUGUAACUGUGCUAAUCUAUCUAGAGACCUCAAACACUGCUAAAGGCCUUGCAAUUGCUGCUUUACCCACGCAUCUCUUGCUUUCAAGAUGGACUACAAAAGUUCCUUAUCCUUUUGAAAAGGUCUUCUGACACACUUAUCUUGCACAAAGGAAAAGAAAAGAAGAAUUUCUUUUACUGUGUAUAAUGUUCAGUGAUAUCACUGAGGAAAUGGUGAAAGCUCCUAUCAGAACUAUAGGAUUUCUUCUGGGAAAUACAGAUGGAAAUACAGAAUGAGUAUGUUUUUUUGAGGUGAGAAACUGACUUUAAAAGCCUCCUUAAAGUUUUUUACUUAGAAAUAUAAGGAUUAAGUCUUUGAACAAUCUGGGUGGCAAGGGCUGGUAGAUUAUUUUAGACAUGAUUGUCUGUUUAAAACUCUCCUUUCGCUUUUUAGCCUCCCUGAAGCUACAGCUGUUCGCAAUCACAUCACUCCCAUCCUAUCCUUUCUGUCACUGUCAAGCAAAACAAUCAGUAGUUACUAAUUGCUAAACUCUCAAUAUUGUGGGGCAUUUUCCCCCCAGAUGAUUAAUUUUGCAUUAAAGACUGACACAGACUUAGAAUCAAAUUUAUUUUUCUGGAAUUAACACUCUGUGACUCAAAGUGGUGCCACUGCAGUGUCUUUUUAAACUGGAAACAGAAUUGGAAAACUGCCUGACUUAUCUUGCAUCCCUUUGAAUGAGUUUACAGACUGCCAGUGUCUGCAAAAGUUGAAAGCAAAUGGGAGAUGAUGUCAGAGGCAUCUGUUUCCUUUACCAUCUGCAUCUUAUUAUAAAUGUAGUCGUCAUAAAGUGUGGUUUAUUUUAUUUUGGUAGGCUCUGAAAUCAAAAUGCUAUGCCGUUAUAAGCCAGUGGAGUAAUUACAGUGUAUUGGAUGAAAACAUAAGGCAGUGUCAAGACUUGAUGAAAAUCUCUGUACAGAUUGCAGUCUUCUUCCUGAUGUUUCAAACCGUAGUUCCCCCAAGCUCUCUAACACUUGGGAGUCUGUCAUUCUGACCUAGAUAAAAGUGGUUCUUUCUCAGUAGUUGUUAUUAUGUCAAAAUGUGCCUCCAGAGUGAUAAAGCUGUGGAUAUGUUACAUUCCAGCUAAACCUAACUUGGCUGUCAUUUUUCUUCCAUUAUAGUGUGAGUGGAGACUGCUCUGCCUCCCCCACAUAUUCCUUCCCAUAUCUCUCAUGAUUGUCCCUCUGUAAUGUCAAAAUGAAUGAAAUUCAUGUGAAUGUAGGUUGAGAGGGCACUGAAGACCUGAAUCUACACUAGUAUUCUCAAGAAAGAUUAUUCAUUCGAUCUCAGAGUUACCAGCAAGCAUAUAAAAUGCUACUUGGAUGAUAUCUACCUGAAUAUUGCAUGCUACAUGGGUGAUAAGACUAUUUCUAUUAUUGGGCAGAAUCUCAAUGUUUACUUUCAAUUCCUAGAAUAGGUGAUCGUGAAUCACCUAUUCUAGGUGAUAUAAAAAGUCUGGAUUGUCAGUAGUAUUAGAUCUGAUCAAGGUAGGAAUUACAAUUGCAUGCAGGUAGCAAACAAGAAAGCAGAAACUACUGUUCCCUUUAUUUUAACAUUGUACAGACAAUACAGAAAUGUACCUGUUGGCGGCCGGGCGCGAUGGCUCACUCCUGUAAUCCCAGCACUUUGGGAGGCCGAGGCGGGUGGAUCACGAGGUCAGGAGAUCAAGACCAUCCUGGCUAACACAGCGAAACCCCGUCUCUACUAAAAAAAAAAAGUACAAAAAAUUAGCCGGGCGUGGUGGCGAGCACCUGUAGUCCCAGCUAUGUGGGAGGCUGAGGCAGGAGAAUGGCAUGAACCUGGGAGGCGGAGCUUGCAGUGAGUGGAGAUGCGCCACUGCACUCCAGCCUGGGCGACAGAGCGAGACUCCACCUCAAAAAAAAAAAAAAAAAAGAAAAAGAAAUGUACCUGCUGGCAGGAGAAAGCCAGAUGGAGUAUGUGGAGUAAUAGGGGAAGAAGAGUUACAGAAAAUGAAAAAGAAAAUGAGUUACAUUGAGAAUGAAUAUGGGAACGUGUCAUUGAUAGCAAAAGAAAGGUACAGGCUUACCAAAAUGAUCUUUACAGUGUAUCCCAGCUUUCACCCCCACAUGGCAAUGCAGAGUUGUAUUUACUUGUUUCUGUACUCACCUACUCCCACCCCAAGGGAAAAUUUUAGACAUGAACCCUACUAUUUAGUUAAUUUUAAAAUAGAAAGUUUGCUGGAGAAAGCGUCUACUCACAGAUUGUUCUGUAAGGAAUGUUAUAUAUGGGUGAGUGGGUGACACAUCCAUUGGAUAUGUAUGCAUGUGAUGGUACCUGAGACCCCUGCCUUAGAAACUGAAUUCCUAAGGGAAUUGACUCUCCCAGCACAUUCCCAGGUCCUGUACCCUUAGGGUGAUCUAGGAAAAUUUUAAAUAGCUUCUACUCUUAUUUUUGUUCUUAUCUUUAAAAUAAUUAAAAGAGGGAUUAUCACUAUCUGAUACUUCUGAAAGAAACACUUAAAAAAUUUCUUAUCUGUAAAAUCCGUCUUUUUCUACAUUAACUUCCCCAAACAUAGGCCUAAUUGAGAUAAUUCCUUUUAUUACAAUAAUAGGAUUGAAAUUUUAAGAUUUUGAAAGGACUUAUUAAUUUUGCUGACAAAAGUGAAGUAACAAAUACAAUGAUAAUUGCCUUUUUAAAUUUUCAAACAACAUAGAUUUACUCAGGAUGAAAUGAAAAGGCCAUAUUCAGAGUUUAAUUUAAUGAAAAUUCAGAGGAAAUAGGAAAAUCUGCUCAGGAGAAAGAAACUAAAUAUGCAUAAAUUUAAUUUGUAGAAUUUAAUUUAAAAUUUAAAUUUUAACAAAGAGAUGACACAAGAAUAUGUACGUUUAGGUGUAGACACCAAAAUAUUAGACAUUUGAUUGUCCUUUUACAUAGAGAAUAACUAAUAAAUGCCUGACAAGAAUGGGACAACCCUUCCUUGUAUCAAAAUUCCCUGGUCUUGCUACAUUGCCCUCUGCAAAUGUAUUCAAAGAAGAACCUCCUCCACCACUUACUUUUGGUUGGCAUAAUUGUUCAGCAAUGAUUUCUGUACAUCACCAAAUAUCCUUGGCAUUCUUGGUAUACAAAGUAUAUCACAAUUAUAAGUGAGUAAAUAUUAAUGAUAAUUUUUGAAUUGCUUUGUUUGGCUUGAUUAACUUUGAUCAGAAAUAGAAAAGUUUUCAUUUAUUAAUUUAGGAAAAAACAAAUAGAAGGCAGUAUAACACCACUUCCAAAGGUAAGGAUAUCUAACAUUCUUUUUUUUUUUUUUUUUUUUUUUUUGUGACGGAGUCUUGCUCUGUCACCCAGGCUGGAGUGCAGUGGUGCGAUCUCGGCUCACUGCAACCUCCGCCUCCUGGGUUCAAGCGAUUCUCCUAUGUCAGCCUCCUGAAUAGCUGGGAUUACAGGUGCACGCCACUGUGCUUGGCUCAUUUUUGUAUUUUUAGUAGUGACAGCGUUUCACCACACUGGUCAGGCUGGUCUCAAUCUCCUGACCUCUUGAUCUGCCUGCCGGGGCCUCCCAAAAUGCUGGGAUUACAGGCAUGAGCCACCACACCUGGCAAGGGUACCUGACAUUCUAAGAUAUCAAGACACUUAAUAUGUGGGCUAUUAGCUGCUUAUUUAAAUGUUGACCAAAUUGUCUAAUAUAUCUGAUUAAUCAUGAUUUCACUUCAUUUCAGAAGAAAAAUUAUCCAUAUCAUUUUUAAAAACCCAAAUGACUGGAUUUUUGCAUAGAGUACAAUAGACACUUUAAACAAUAGAUUCUAACAUUCUCUGAAACACUUGAGAUGUUUGAGCUACCAUUUAUAUGGGUUAUUUAUAUUUAGUCUAAGUAACACAUACAUGUUUAAUUGAUUCUGUUUUCAUGGAUAGAUUCAGCUAAGUCUUCCAAGCAAUUAGUUUUUUUGUUCGUCGUCGUUUUUCCUUCAUACGUUAUCUAGUUAUGCAGCACUGGAAACAGACUGAAGAUCAUAAACCAGUUUUAUCAGACCUAUGUAUAAUAAGACUCCUGUUAAUACAAAAAUAAAAAGCUAAAAGCAACUUGUCUAUGAUUGGGAUAAUUUUAUCAUACCCCUUUUCCCUAAGUCUUUGAGUAAUGCUGUUAAGAUUUUGUAUGGAGCUGAGGAACCAGCAGUUGGAAAAUGCAGGACAAGUUGAAUACUGAUACCCAAACCCACAAUUUUAGCAACUGAACUUGGUCCUUCUCCACCUCCCCCAGCCCCCGACUCUCGUGUCUCUGUUCCCCUAACUUAAUUCCAGAUCCUGGCUGCAACUUUCUAAAUGGCAAGGAUGUACCUGUAUCAAGCAUCUGUAUUCUACAUCUGCCCCUCCUGCUACUGGUAAGAUCUUCAUUCAGGCAUGAUAUCACUAAAAGAAGAAACUUCUUGCAAGUUACUUGAGGUAUACAUCACUAACGUGAUGCACAAGGUUAGCACAUUGAAGAUGCUUUUUUUUUUUUUUUAAAUAGAAGGGAUUUAACCCUACUUCCAGAGGUAAGGUUCCCUAACAUUCUAAGAUAUCAAGACAAUUAAUAAGUGGGCUGUUUUCUGCCUGUUUAAAUGUUGACUGAAUUGUCAAUAAUUGGUUUACUUUGGAUAAGGAUCUAUCAUGAAUUAAUCACUUAAUAUGUGCUGCACAUUGAAUCAUAAGGUUUUUGUGUAUCAUUACAAUCCUCACAACAACUCUCUCAAGUAGUUAUUUUACAUAUAUGUUUGAAACUCAUGUCAAGUGAUUUGUCCAAAGCAAAUCAGCUGAUAAGUGGUUUGACCAAGAUUUAGGCACAUGUUUUUUCAGUUCUAAAGUUUUUUGAAGGGAUUUUGAAUGGAUUUAUAAUUCAUUAUUAAUUUGCCUAUUCACCACACUUGUGUUACUUUUGAAUGAAUGGAUACUUUUGAAUAAAAGGAACAAUCAGUAUAUCUACUGUCAAGGUACUGAUUAGCAUAAUGGAAGAACAUAAAAAUCCAAUUGACUAUGAAUCUGCUCAGUGAGGAAUUGGCAGUCUCUCUAGAGAUUUUGAAACUCUUAGGAAUUCAUCAGGAAGAGAAAGAGUGAGAGGAGGGGCCUGCAAGGUAGUGAUUACCACCCAAGGAAAAGCCCCAAGGAGUGGUACCUGUAGACAUGGCUUAUUUAUUUCUGAAACAACAUGGUUCUGAGGAAAAAGAAGAAACUUCUUGCAAGUUACUUGAGGGUAUACAUCACUAAACUGAUGCAUAAGGUUAGCACAUCGAAGAUGCUUUUUUUUUUUUUUUUUUAAAUAGAAGGGAGUAUAACACUACUUCCAGAGGUAAGGUUCCCUAACAUUCUAACAUAUCAAUUAACUAGGGGGAAUUAUGAUAGGUAAAUUUGAGUAGAGAUCACCACUAGGUUUUGAGUAUAUACUUCUCACAGCACAUCCCAUCAAUCUUCUAAGAGAGAUUCUGGGUUAUCCAUAAGUGCAAAUAGAAUAAAACCACUGAAACUCACUCUUGGAAUUCCCACUCACUCAACUACCCCAAGUUUGGUCUGUAUUUGAAUAUCAAGGAAUACCUUGAAGAGAGAGAGAGAGAAAAAUAAAAAUAAAAAAAGCCUGAGUGUGGUUUGACUGGCCUGUGUAUAGACCAUUGCUAGUAAUGGCAGUAAGAUGGAUAACUCAGUGUAUUUGAUUUAGGCUCCGUCAGGCUUUUCUUUUCCUUCUCUCCCCCUCCCUAAGAACCUCCAAAUUCAAAGUGCCAGGCACAGCUCUCAUUCCUGGGAAUGCAAUGGUGAACAAAGUAUACAUGGACCCUACCUCCAUGAAGCUGACAAUUUAGAGGGAACUAAAAAGAAACAUUCUUUUUCCACUUUUCACAAAUUUCCCAGCAUAAAGGAGCCUAUACCAAGUAGAAGCGAAUGCUGUGAAUUCUGUGACUAACAGUUGAUCAAAUAUAUUCAAAUUGAGUUUGUUUUAGGGAAAGAACAACCAUCUGUUGUUCUUUUCCCUGUCUUCUAAAUAAUGACAGGAGUAAGAAAACAAAGGAGGGCAGAAAGGAGUGAAAUGGGAAAAAAGGAGAAACCCUAAAUCUGAACACAGAAAAUAAAGUACUCAAGGAGAAUCAUUCCAGUAACAAUGGUGUGUUAAUUAUUGUAUCAACUAUUUAAAAGACUGAAAUAUUAGGGAAGAUGAUACUUGGUAGAACAGAAAGAUAAAUUAUAAUCUAAGCCAAUACUGUUUCACAGUACAUGGCAAUUGCUCUUUCUAUUUUAUACUAUUUCUUUAAAUAAUUUCUGUAUUGCUGACUCUUGAAUGUAAUUUUUCUUUCAACUGUAUUAACACUGAUGUUGAAUUUCACCUAAUGUCUCAGGUUUUCAAAUGUCCUAGAUAAGCCAGUGUCCUCUCAUAUAUUGUGUUUUGCUCUAUUUCUGACAUCGGGAUACAUACAUUAUUCUUUAUGGUUUAAAGAGGGAAAUAUUCGUGGUCAUGCAACAUCUUUAAUGCUCCUUGUUUCUCUUUUUAGAAGCCAAUUUGACUCAUUACUGUCACUUUUCUCAUUUGCUAAAUGAGAAACGUAAACUUUUCAGUCCUUACAUUAAAAUCUGACACCCCUCAAUGAAGAAUGUUUAUUUUUACUGUGUUCAUUGCAUGAUGCAAAUAAUGCUCCAAACCCUUGUACUAUACUGAAAAAUUAAUGCCAAGUUUUAUUGAUUUUUGUUUGUUGUUUUUUGUUUGUUUGUUGUUUUAAUGAUAUGUUCAUUCCUUCACUCUGUUCCAAAAGAUUACUUUUUCUCUUGAUUUGUUUUCAUUGCUUGCAACUUUAAAAUAUGGUUAUUUUAACUUUAUGGACCAUUUUAAUUUGAUGCUUUAAUGCAAUAUUUCACUUAACAUUGAAGGUGGAUUUAUAUGUAUAAAAACACAAUACAACCAAGAAAUGAUGAAAUUGCUUUGAGGGGAUACACUUUAAAAUAUAAGUUCAUACAAAGGAUAUAGCUAAUAAAAGUUAACCCCACAUAAACAAAACAGAAGAUUUUUACUAUUAUUUUUAAACAUUAAUCUGAGCACCCUGACUAGUUCAAUGCUAACUGGAGCACAACAUGCUUACAGUUGGCUUAUGUACACCAACUAACUUCUGAUUAUCUCUCUAGAGUUACCAAAGUAAACUGAAAUGUACACAUAUGUGGUUGUUAUUUUGACUUUUUCCUAACAGUAAUUAUAAAACUAUCUAAAAUAUCCUAUUGUUGAACACAUGAAUAAAAAGAUACAUGCUUGUAUGCACACACACAAACGUAAAAUUUCAUUUCCUUAAGAGGCAUAAGAUUUUCUCUGUACAAGCAGCAGAUUGUACUGGUGGGUUUUCCGCAAGCUUUGUUUUUACCUUUCCCCCAUUUCCGUCCUUAAUUUGAAGGGGGACAUUACCAUUGAAAAUGUAAUAGACACAACAAGUUUAUAUUUAAUAAUGAUCUUUGGAAUUAGAAAUAAGUAUAAAUCCCCUAGUCAGUAUCUACUAGUUCUGAGGUCUUAUGCAAGUUUCUUAAUUUUAAAUCUUCAUUUUUCUAUCAGUAAACUCCCUCAAAGUUGGUGCAAGGAUUUUCAAAAAGUACGUAAAUUAAUUAUAGUAAUUAUUUCCUCUUUGUGACCAUUUCCAAUAUUCUUGUCUUACUUAAUGAGAGAGAGAGAGACAGCAGAGGUGUGUUUACUUUUAUUCCUUACAGUAUAUGCCCAAAGAGAAAAACCCAUAUAAAAUGUGGUGCAUCUGUUUUUAAGUGAGAAAAUAUUAAAAAUAUUUUCAAAUAAUUUGGGCAUAUAUAGUUAAGAUAUGUAGAGAUCUAUACUAAUCAGGCACCUAUUUUAGUACUUACUGUAUUAAUUGAGUUGCACAAACUUGUAAAAUAAAAAUUAUACAAUUAAUAUUAUUUAGAAAUGAUUAAUAUGAUUUAGAAAUACUGCUUUUUUAAGCUUCAUAUUUCAGUAAACAAAUUUUAUUCAGCCUUACACUUCACCUUCAAUAUCUUCAUUUCCAGAGCCAUAUUUUAUCUUUUUCCAAAGUAUAUUUAUUUCUGAGAUUUAUUGAGAUAGAAACAUUUCUGAAUUCAAGUUUGAUGCUGUCAUUAAGUUUUAUUCCAUGUCACAAGAGCUUUUUUUUUUUUUUUUUCUUGGAGACAGAGUCCUGUUCUGUCACCCAGGCUGGAGUGCAGUGGCGCAAUGUCGGCUCACUGCAACCUCUGCCUCCCGGGUUCAAGCGAUUCUUGCGCCUCAGCCUCUGGAGUAGCUGAGAUUAUAGGCGCCCACCACCACAUCAAGCUGAUUUUUUUCUGUUUUUAGUAGAGAUGGGGUUUUGCCAUGUUGGUCAGGCUGGUCUCGAACUCCUGACCUCAGGUAAUCCGCCCCGUCAUCCUCCCAAAAUGCUGGGAUUAUAGGCAUGAGCCACCCUGCCCGGCCACAAGUGCCAUUUGCAUAACAUUAAGCAUAACUAUGUUUAUACCUUCAUUUGAUAGGCAUACGUUUGUGAUUGUCUACAUUAUUGUAUAUUUUCCAUUUCAAUUUUUUCCACUUAAGUAUACAUAAACUCAGCUUGUUUUAGAACAUUACAUUUACUCCACUGACUAUGAUAGAAUAAAUGGAAACCAGCUGGAGGAAGUGUAUUCAAAUUACAUAUAAAUGUAUAUGUAUAUAUUACCUUAACACCAUACAUAAAAGAGGAUUAUAUCAAUAUAAAACUAUUAAAUGUACCUAGAAUGAACUUUUCUGUUAAUUCACAGGCUAUUCACACAUAUUUUUUGAGUUGCGGUAAAAUUCUACGGUACCUCAUCUUUUGGUUGGUGCUUUUGUAGGUUUGGAUGCUUUAUUUUUCAUGGCUUGUACGUUGGGACCAAGGAGCAAAUUCCAGAGCCUCCAGUCAGAAACUCAACCUUUUAGUGAGGAGAGUGGGAGAGUGUGCAUCUCUGAAGUAGGACUGAGUGUCAUAUACUAUGCUAGUGGGGCACAUACCCUCAAUAGAGAGUCAGCCCUUGUGUGUGAUUAUUUAUUAUUGGAUAUUGCUGCCACAUCCUUGCACUAGUUGUCUGUAGGCAGUUAUAUACCACUAUUGUGUUGAUUCUUUUAUAUACGAGCUUUAUUGCCCCUCUCUGUUGAACUGUAGGUAUUUGGAUAUGCAAAAUAGAUUGCACUAAUAUGUUGACAAUGAAAAAAUGCAUUGACCCUAGCUGGGAAUUUGGAAGCCCUCCCCUAUGAUAUUGACAUGUUGUUGUGGCCAGAACUGGGAUUUAGAUAUGGAAUUCAUAUACUCACACAUUCUACAAAAUGUUAUGAAACAUAUGUAAUAUGAAAGAUAGUAAUAAAAUGAACAUGAGUGUACACACCAACCACUCUGAGAAAUACACAGUUAAUGUUAGUAGUUAAGCCCUUCAUCUGACCUCCCAUUUUCACAUUGUCUGCCCCCCACCAACCAUCUCAGAGGUAACUUCUGUCCUGGAUUUUGUGUUUAUCAUUUCCUUGUUCUUCUUUAUAGCUCCACCAUAUAUAGCUCUAUCUUCAUCAACAUACUGUAUGAUUUUGCAUGUUUGUAAAUUUUAUUUUAAUACUAACUGUAUUAGUCAGGGUUCUCCAGAGGGACAAAACCAAUAAGAUAAGGUUGUUAGGGAGAAUUGGCUUACAGGAUUACAAGGAGAAGUUCCAGAGUAGGUCAUCUGCCAGCUGGGGAAAGAGAAGCUGAUAGCAUUGCUCAGUCCAAUUCCAAAAGCCUCGAAACCAGGGAAGCCAACAGUGCAGCACUCAGUCUGAGACUGAAGGCCUGAGAACCCCUGACAUGCUGCUGGUUCAAGUCCAAAAGCUAAAGAACCUGGAGUCUGAUGUCGAAGGUCAGGAGGAGAGGAAGCCAAGUAUGUGGCACAGCAGGGAAAGAAAGAGAGCAAGCCAACUCAGCAAGCAACCUGUCUAUCCCAGUUCUUCUGCCUGCUUUGUUCUAGCCUUGGUGGCAGCCUAUUAGAUGGUGUCCACCCUCACAUUGAAGGUGGGUUUUCCUCUCUUCGGUCCACUGCCUCAAAUGCCAGUCUCCUCUGCCAACACCCUCACAGACACACCCAGGAACAACGCUUCAUCAGCCAUCUAGGAAUCCCUCAGUCUAGUCAGAUUGACACCUAAUACUAACCGUCACAGUAACACAUUGUACCGUUAGUACUCAACUUGCUUUUAUUUUUUGCUCAAAAUUGUGUCUAAUACAUGUGAUGUUUGUAGGUGGAGAUCACAUAUUUUCACCAUGGUAGUGAUUGAUUGAUGUAGGAACAUGCCAUACCUUAUUUAUCUUUUAGCUGCUUGAUAGAUUUUAGGGAUAUUUCUAGUUUUUGCAAAUUCAAGUAAUUUUUUGUUAAAAUUCUUAAGUAUGUUCCAUAAAGUACAUGUGCAGGAAUUUAGUUUUUUUGUUGGUUUGUUUGUACUAAGAACCUUCCCUCCCACACCCACUUAAUCUUCCUUUUUAGCAUAUAUAUCUAGAGCUGAAACGUUCUGGAUUAAUAUGAUCUGUACAUCCUCAACUAUUAUAGACAAUGCCAAAUUAUUUUUGAGAUUGUAUAAAUUAACACUAAUAUAGAAGAGUUUCUGUGCUAGAUUUUCUUCUGCGCUUGACAUUUACAGAAUUUUUAAUAUUUCUGUAUCUGGUGGGAUAAAAGAAUGUCACCUUAUGGUUUUCAUUUACAUUUCUCUGACUAGUAAUGACUUAGAACUUAUACACACAAGUGUGUGUGCACAUGUAUACAUAUACCCACCCACCCAUCCAAACCCACACACCCACCCAAACUCACACAUACAGCCUUUAUUUUUGCCAUGUGUGUUACUUUUCUGGAAUGAAAUUGAGGUCAUUUCUUUUACCCCUUUUUCUAUUCAGUUAUUUUUUAUUGACUCACUGAAGUUUACUAUAUAUUAUGAAUACUAAUCCUAUUUUGUUUAUAUGUAUUGUGAAUAACUUUUUGGCUUAUGUUUUCUUGAUUUUUGUAUAGUGACCAUUAUGAUAGCUUUAGAUAUACAGGUGUUCUUAAUUUGAAAGUAAUCACAUAUGUCAGUGUUUUCUUUUAUUAUGUGUACUGUUUUUGCAUCUUACUAAAAUUUUUUCCCCAAGAUGUUGACCCUAAAAAUGUUCUCCUAUAUUUUCUCCUAAGCAUUUUUUAAAAUUAUUUAUUGCUGCCUAACAAUAUUACCAGAAACCUAGUGGCUUGAAACAACAUGCAUUGAUUAUCCCACAGUUUCUGUAGGUCAGGAGUCAACCAUGACUUAGUUGGGUACUCUGCUUUAGGGUGUUUCACAAAGCUGCAAUUAAGUUGCUGGCUAGGGCUGCAAUCUCAUCUGAGACUCAACUGGGGAAGCAUAUGCUUCCAAGCUCACAUGAUUGUUGGCAGGAUUCAGUACCUUAUAGAUUGUUGGACCUAAAGCUUCAGUACUUUUGUGGUUGUUGCCUGGGGUCUGCCUUUAGUAGCUUCCAUGUGGACCUCUCCGUAUAGCAGCUUGCUUCAUUAAAGCCAGGAAGACAGUCAAUAGAGAAACUCUACCAAAAAUGUAGCAUAAAUUACGAAAGUCACACCCAUCAUAGUUGCUGCAUUCUAAUGGUUGAAAGCACGUCAGAGGUCCCGUCCAUACUCAGAAGGAAGGGGCUACACAAAGGCAUAAGUACCAGGAGAUGGGGAUAAUUUGGAGGUCAUAUUACAGUCCAUCUGCCACAGAUUUUGUCUUUCAUAUAUAAGUAUUUAAUCUACUUUAUAUUAAUUGUUGUCUCUAUUCUGACUUUUUUUUUUGUAUGAAUAACCUAUUGUCCUAAACUAAAAAGAUUGAAUAAUCAUGUGUUCCCCCCCCCCCCCCCCCCACUAACCUUCAAUGCCAUCUCUACCAAAUAUCAAGUCUCUGUGUUUUGUAGGAGGCUACUUUGGGCUUUCUCUUCUAUUCCACUGGCAAAUUUGAUUACAUCAAUGACAAUACCACACUGUCUUUAUUACUACAGUCUUAUUGUUAGCCUUGAAAUCUGGCAAGAUGAGUCUUUAUUUUCUUUCUCAUUGUUGUCUUGGAUUUUCUUAAGCCUUUGUUCUUACAUAUGCAUUUUAGAAUUAGUUUGCACAUUUACUCAAAACAAACAAAGAACAAUGCAUUUUAAUUUUAAAUGCAUUGUAUCAGUUUUGGGAGAAUUGACAUCUUUACAUUAAUUAGUCCCUAUUCAUGGGCAUGGUACGCAUUUCCUUUUAUCUAAUACUUGGUAGUUCUUUGGUAGAUUUAAGUCAGAGCACUUUAUAUAUUGUUAUUACUGUGGAUUAUAUUUAUUGUUAAUUAUAUGUUCUAACUCUUCCUAGUAUACAGAAAAUACAGUUUAUUUUUGUGUAUUUAUAUUGUAUCAGGGACCUUAUUAAAUCUUCUUACUAAUUCAACAAUUUGCCUGUAAACUCUUUGGAGAUAUUUAUGUAUAUGGUUUGGUAACAUGUAAUUACUAAGAAUUAUAUUUUCUUUCUAAUUUUAUAACUUUUUAAUAUUCUUACUGCAUUUGUUAGGACCCCCUGUGAAAUACUGAAUAGAUAUGGUAAUACCUGUAAUGGGUAUUGUGCUAUUUAUAAUGUUAGUGGAGUGCUUCUAAUGUUUCACUGCUUUCCAAAAUGGACAUUGUAUGUAUUUCAUAGGUUCACCUUAUCAGGACGUGAUAUUUCCUUCUAUUCUUAGUUCCAUAAGUGACAUCUUAUCAUGAAUGCAUGAUGAAAUUUAUUGAAUGUUUUUCCUCCAUCUUAUGAAGAUUCUCAUGUGUUUCUUGCCUUUAUCUGUUAAUGUAAUGCAUUUUGUGAAAGUCUUUUCUUAUUUGAGAUUAAAUCCAACUUGGUUUGCUAUGAUAAAAUGAGCCUGGGAAUGAUUCAUUAUAUUUGUAUAGUUUGCUGAAUUUUCUUUGUUAAUAAUUAAUUUAAGAUGUUUACAUCAACAAUUGUAAUUAUGAUUUACCUGUAAUCGUCUUUUCUCAUAUUGUACUUGCCUAGUUUUGAAGUCAACAUUAUACUUGUCACAUAAAAUAAGUUGGAAAUCUUU